AUGCGUUCAUUCGUUACCUGCACCGUCCUGGCCUCCGUCGCCUCCCUGGCCACCGCCACCCUCCAGGCCCGCUGGGAGUACCCCGAGGCCGUCCCCGUCGUCGAGAAGCGCCAGGAGCCCGGCACUCCCCGCUACGCCUGCCACGAGAACUGCGGUCUCCUCAUCUCUCUCGGCCGCACCGAGGGCUACUGCCAGAAGGAGGAGUGGAGCACGCGCUACUCCGCCUGCAUGUCCUGCGCCAACGAGUUCGGCAUCUGGAUGUACUACAGCAACGGCGUCACCAACGCCGCCAAGGGCUGCGGCCUGACCCCCGUCCCCAGCCCCUCCGGCGGCGCUGCCGAGACUACUGCUGCGGCUGCUACCACCACCGCCGCUGCCCCCGCCACCACGUCGGCCGCUGCCGAAGUCCCCGCUACCACCAGCACCUCCGCCGCCGCUGCGCCCCCGGCCGGCGAGUCCUCGUCCGCUGCCGCCGCUCCCUCCACCACCACCGCCGCCGGCGCCGCCACCACCCUGACCACCGCCACCUCCGCGGCCUCCGCUUCCGCUUCCGGCUCCGCCGCCUCCGGCACCUCCGCCGCGACCAGCGUCACCCGCACCACCUCCAUCGGAACCUCCGUCGUCAUUCCCUCCGGAUCUCCCACCCCCAGCACCGUCUUCGCCGGCGCCUCCAAGAACACCGGCGUCCUGGGCGCCGUCGGCGUCGUCGGCCUGGUCCUCGCCGCCCUCUAA